AUGGCCGACUCUCCUCUUACACCACGCCAUAAUUAUAGUGCUGGUCACCAGGUACAUCAUGGUAGACUCUCCUCUUACAUCACGUCCUGAUUAUAGUGCUGGUCACCAGCUACCUCAUGGCCGACUCUCCUCUUACAUCACGCCAUGAUUAUAGCGCUGGUCACCAGCUACGUCACGGCAGGUUCUCCUCUUACAUCAUGCCCUAAUUACAGCGCUGGUCACCAGCUACGUCGUGGCAGGCUCUGCUCUUACAUCACCCCAUGAUUAUAGCGCUGGUCACCAGGUACGUCACGGCAGCUCUUACAUCACGCCAUGAUUAUAACGCUGGUCACCAGGUACGUCACGGCAGACUCUUACAUCACGCCUUGAUUAUAGCGCUGGUCACCAGGUACGUCAUGGCAGCUCUUACAUCAUGCCUUGAUUAUAGCGCUGGCCACCAGGUACGUCACGGCAGACUUUCCUCUUACAUCACCCCAUGAUUAUAGCGCUGGUCACCAGGUACGUCACGGCAGGCUCUCCUCUUACAUCGCGCCAUGAUUAUAGCGCUGGUCACCAGCUACGUCACGGCAUGCUCUCCUCUUACAUCGCGCGAUGAUUAUAGCACUGGUCACCAGCUACGUCACGGCAGGCUCUCCUCUCACAUCGCGCCAUGAUUAUAGCGCUGGUCACCAGCUACGUCACGGCAGGCUCUCCUCUCACAUCGCGCCCUGAUUAUAGCGCUGGUCACCAGGUACGUCACGGCAGGCUCUCCUCUCACAUCGCACGAUGAUUAUAGCGCUGGUCACCAGGUAUGUCACGGCAGGCUCUCCUCUUACAUCGCGCCAUGAUUAUAGCGCUGGUCACCAGGUACGUCACGGCAGGCUCUCCUCUUACAUCCCCCCUGGAUUAUAGCGCUGGUCACCAGGUACGUCACAGCAGGCUCUCCUCUUACAUCGCCCCAUGA